AUGCAUUUUAAUGAUACUCCUUUAAAAUAUAAACCUAAAAAGAAUACGUGUGUUAUUUGUGGUAUUUGUGAAAUUUGUGAAUUUAAUGCAGUAGAAAGGAAUAGCUUUGCUAAAUUUGUUGAAUUAAAUGCUUUUUGGAAUGUUGAAGCAGAUUUUGACGAAGAUUUUUAUUAUUGUUUAUAUGAUCGCUAUUAUCAAAAUGCAAUUGAUUAUGAUAAAAAAGCUAUUAAAGAAACUUUAAUUGAAGAAAUUAGCAGUGAUGAGUUAGAAAAAUUAGAUAGUAGUUUAUUAAUAUGA